AUGUCCUUAGAUGCAAGUGCGGAAACAAUAUGUCAGCUACCGUUCUUUGCUCUUCAAUCUCGGCUCCCAGCUCCUUUGCCGACGGCGGAAGAAAUUGAAACGUCAAGCGAGCUUAUUCAGGAAUACACCGGCCGACGAAUCGUGCGUUUCGGCGACCAUUACAUAAUAAAAUAUGGCUUAAAUGUGAGCCUGGUCGAGGGCGAGAAUAUGUUGCUGAUCGGGAAAAUACUGCCAGCGCAUGUUCCAGAGGUAUAUGCAUUAUACUCCAAAAACGAAGCAAGCGGCAUUGUCCAUUACAUUGUCAUGGAAAGAAUCACCGGAGACACUCUUGACACCAUAUGGGACGGCUUUGACUCAGCAAAAAAAACUGAAAUUGCUGCGAAACUCCGGUCAUACCUGGAUAAAAUACGGUGUCUCCCUUCCCCAGGUUAUUUCGGAUGUAUUGGCAGACGGCAAUUCGAAGAUUCCAUGUUCUGGACAGCACCCGAUAACAAUAUUUCGAACUCUGCAAUCAGCGGACCUUUUGAAUCAGAGUCCCUAUUGAACAGCGCUUUAAUACAGAAGUAUAUUUAUAACAGCGGGCUGAAUCAUAAGGCCGCGUUUUACCGUCGUGUACUUCCUCUCAUUCUGCGUGGUCACAAGCCAAUCUUCACGCAUGGUGACCUACAAAGGAAGAAUGUCAUAAUAAGAGAAAACGGAGAGGUCGUCUUAAUUGAUUGGGAGACAGCUGGUUGGUAUCCCGAAUACUGGGAGUAUGCCAUGGCGGUGUUUGCUUGCGGGGCUUGGCAGGAUGAUUGGCAUGAGUUCAUCGGUCAGGUCUUAGUCGAAUAUCCAACCGAAUAUGCAUGGUUUGACAUGCUGAGGAGAGAAUUAUGGAGCUAG